AUGGCCGAUCGCUACCGCACCAACCGCCAUUCGGCGAUGCGGCAACCGCUACUCGAGCUGAAGAACAAAACCAACACGCCGCCUGUCUCGCAGCGGCAGAGCAGAUCUAUCAAAGGGCAGACAUCGUCGAGCCUGCCCCACAACGAGUCUUUGGAGCCCAAUGGCACGCUCACGGUCCGCACGCAACAGCGCCCAGUGUCCGCUGAAAACAAGCGCGUCUCACAGAUAACCAGCGACGACGCACGCGACUCGAAGCGCAACUCUGCCAUAUCCACGACUUCAACAAACUCAGGAGUGAGACGCAAGACCUGGAUUGGACACUGGCAAUUGGGCAAGACCAUUGGCAGGGGCGGUUGCUCACGAGUCCGUGUCGUCCGACACCGAUACAGAGAUCAAUAUGGAGCGGUCAAGAUCAUCACGAGAUCCACUGCAGAGCAAACGCGCGCUCAGAGUUUAGCCAACUUGAUCGAGAGCAUCAGAGCGUCGCCUGGGCUGGCCACAUCUGGAUACAAGCCAAUACCGUACGGGUUGGAACGUGAAAUUGCCAUCAUGAAGCUUCUGGAGCAUCCCAACAUUGUGCAGCUUUACGAUGUAUGGGAGAACAGGAAUGAAUUAUACUUGAUCAUGGAAUAUGUCGAUGGCGGCGAGCUCUUCCAUUAUGUCGACGAGCGUCAAGGGCUGACGGAGGACGAGACCGUCUACAUAUUUCGACAGAUUGUGUCAGCGUUGCUCUACUGCCAUCGAAUGCUCAUCUGCCAUCGAGAUCUGAAGCCAGAAAACAUCCUGCUCGAUCGCAGAACACUCCAAGUGAAGCUCAUCGAUUUCGGCAUGGCUGCUCUCCAGCCCAAAGGACGUCUGUUGAGCACCCCUUGCGGCAGCCCGCACUAUGCUGCUCCUGAAGUGGUGUCCAACCGACCGUACGACGGGCCUCUGGCUGAUGUCUGGAGCUGCGGCGUUAUCCUUUAUGUCAUGCUCACCGGGACGACGCCUUUCAAUUACGACAAGACCAAUGACAUUCGGAUUCUCUUCCGGGACAUCACCGCAGCGAAGUACCACAUGCCUAAAUUCCUGAGUCGCGGGGCGCAAGAUCUCAUUUUCCGCAUCUUCAAGGCGGACCCCAAGAAGCGCUUGACCAUGGACGAAGUGUGGGAUCAUCCUUUCAUGCACGAAUACGACGAAGAGUUCGAUCUCUUGGGUCCUGAUGGUACGAAGGAGGCCGCGGUUGGCAAGCCCCCGCAAAUCGAAGAGUGGAGAGUGAAGAAGAUCCAAGACAUCGAUCGCGAGAUUCUCAGCAACAUGCGCACAUUGUGGCAUAGCGAAUCAGAACAAAGCUUGAUCCAAAAAUUGCUGGAUAAGGACGACCUGAAUCAGGAAAAGCUCUUCUAUGCUGCUCUGCUGAAGCACAAGGAAGAAACGCUGGAAAGCUACGAUGAAACAGAUGGAGUCAGCUACUCCGCCAGCGACUAUCAUCACAGCCGACCACCUUUCGAGGACGAUGCACCGCCAAUGCCCAGCAGUGCUCCACGCUCGCAGUCGCAGUAUUCGAUCAUGAACGAUGAGCAUCUUCGACCGAGUUCCAGUUUUGCCGCACCACCGGCGUCAGAGAGCAGUUAUGAUCCGUAUCGAGCAUCACGAGAUCCGCUUAUCAAUGCUCAAGGGGACUACUUGAGCGUGACAGUGCAUCGAAAUGGCACAAACAGCACGCGCAAGGGCAGCAUGGGUCGCAACCUGCGGCAUCCAAACUCAACCCGGAUUGAGACGCUCAAACAAGCCCAUCGCCGCCAAUCUAACACGACAUCGUCCAGUCUGCCGCGCUCAGCAAGGAGCCGAUCGUCCUUGCAACGCUCCUCGAUGUCUCGACCUUCUAUUGCAGGUCACUCGCUUCCAAGCAGUCCUCCCGUUCUACCUACAAUGCGGCCAUCUGAUCGACACAAACGUGGUGUUAGCUUUGGUCACAUUCGGCGCGUGUCCACUGCAAGUGCACUCACUGCACAAACUUCGACCGAAGGCUCGAUGCCACCUACACCGAGUCUUCCAGCACACCUGCGAAAACAACAUGCGAGACUCAUGGCAGGAGAGAAGCAGGGCACAAAUUCAAGCCCAUUGGCACAUGCCGAUCAACACAUAAAGUCCCGCAAGGAGCGAGGGCCGACAGUGAAGCCAGAAACGCCACGAAUUCGUGUCCGAAAGCCAGAUACUCCUGGACACCACAUUCGGAGCGACAUUCGCAAGCAUAGUGCCGAGCUUGAGAAGGCGUGCGAAGAGGCCUUCUUUAGGGACUCCUUGGGAUCUAACACAACAGCUCGCACUUCCUUGACCGACAAGCAUUCGCCAUAUGAGACGCCUCCGUCGUCUGUUGCUGCCAAAUUCUCCGACAGCCCAGAUCUCCCAUCUGUGGGCAAUCCACCUCGCCGACCAUUGCCAGAGGUCCCAACUAGGGAUACCCCCAACUCUUACUUGUCCAAAACCAUCGAAGAGACUCGCUCGAAGCUGGCAGCCUACAAAGCCAAUGGAGAAGAUAAUACUGCAAAGUUUGACGAGGUCAUGCGAGCUCUCGACAACAUCUUGCCUGCUGCUGGCUCAACACCGGACAAGCGUAUAGUAUCGGCACCGGAAGCGAGCAAGCAUGCGGAUCAAAAUGGCUUCCUGCCAAUUAUAUCAGAGGAGAGCAGCGACCCACGAAGCAGCCGCGACGGGACCAACUGGCACCGCAGCGUAACUGCACCCGUGGCCAGAGAACGCAAACCCGAGGAAAAGACCAUACGAGUUGUACCUCCCACGUCUCCUGGUGUGGUCGCGCCCCUCAAUGUUCGUAAACGCAACACCGGAAGUCCUGCAUCGGACGAUACUCUCCGAAAAGUCGCGACAAAGAGAUCCGCGGAAAGUCUGCAACGGAAGGCCAGGAACCUGGACAGCUCUGGUCUUGCAUCGAUCGACGAGAACAGUGCGCUUGGAUCGCCUCAAGUAGUGCGCAAAAAACGCUCCAACUGGUUCGGGCUCUCCAAGAAAGAAGAUGAGGUGCUCAACGGAGAUACGUUGGUGGAUGUCGAUGGUAAAGUCGAGCGGCGCAAGUCGACUGUGAUCUCCAAGCCAUCGCACGCUGAUGCAGCGGCUCCACUGGUAUCAACAACAGAGCAGGCUCGCAAAUCUCGUUCCACGAAUGAAAAGAAAGGAUUUGCCAAGUGGUUCAGCAAGAUGGGCCGCGACAAAGGAGUCGAGGACUUCAACAUGGAUGAAUUGGAUACUACCAUGCGAACCAAUGGCUCGCUCAAUUCACUUUUCUCCUCAGCAUCACCAGUUCCUUCGAGCAACGACAAUCCACCCCAAUUGGGCCCUGCCCGCUCGUGGUUCGCUCGUUUCUUCAAUAUCAAACCAGCAACUCACAUCCUCUGCUUCGAGCUUCACCGCGGCAAAGCACGACAAGAACUUGUCCUCCUCUUCAAGGAAUGGCAACGUCAUGGCAUUCGUGAUCUGCAGUACUCUCGCGAAACCAAUACCAUCUCCGCGCGUGUCGACAAGGUCAACGCCUUGGAUAUCAAGCCCAUCACAUUCCGGAUCGAACUGUUCAUAGUGCUGGACAACGGUCGCAAGGUCGGCCUAUCCAUUGCGCGCUUUGUACAAGUCAAAGGCGCGGCUUCAGGCUUCCGACAAGUUAUCGACGUUGUUGAUGGGGCUAUGAGGAGCCAGAACUGGCUUGUGCAGGACGAAGAUAAGUGGCGGGCUCUUUGCGAGGUUGUGGAGAGUCCAUAUUGA